ACAUAAAUGACCGGACUAGAAGGGGUAGGAAUAAAAUGGCGCUGCCCGUAAGGAGUUGCUGCGUUAGGGCUCACGGGAUUCUGUCCAAUUUUCUCAAACAUGGCAGCGGCUCUUCGUCGUUGAUCCCGGUGGUUAUCAAGGGGCCACCCUCUGCCUCAGCGGCAUGUCGGCUGGGCCGAGCCCCGGCUCUCUCUGCCGCCAGACUGUACAGCUCGGAGCCGCAGAGGACGAACCAGAAAGUGGUGGUAGUUGGGAUACCAAACCCGUUCAUUUGGUGCCGAACCCGCGUCUACUACUUCUUAAUCCGGGCGUAUUUCGAUCAGGAGUUUAAUAUCGACGACUUCACCGAGGGGGCAAAACACGUGUGUUUUUUAAAUGCUUUUGCUCGUGUGUCAAAUCUGCUAUCCCAGUGUAAAUUUGAAGCUCUGGAGGGACUCGUAGCGAAGGAUGUGCUGGAGCGGCUGCAGCAGCAGUGCCCCCUCCUCCCCCAGACUCACCAGCAGGCCCUGGCAGCUGACAUGAGUGACAUCAUGUACACUACUCCAGGGGACGUGGGCAUUUACUAUGACGACAACGGGCGCAAGUUCGUCAGUAUCCUCAUGCGGUUCUGGUACCUGACCAGUGCCCGGCUCCCAGAGGAGACCCCCGAGGGCACCAAGGUGUUCCAGGUGGCGUUCGGAGAGGAGGAGCGGGGCGAGGAGACCAAGAGGCUGCUCACAGCCAAUUACGAGUUUCAAAGGGAGUUUACCAAGGGGGUGUUGCCAGACUGGACGAUCACACGAAUCGAGCACUCCAAGCUGCUGGACUGACAAGCACAGGAGCCUGUCCCCUCUGCCUGGGACGACUCGCUGCCCCCAGAGCAGCUUGCGACCACCUAGGGAUCCACACUUGGUUUGCCAUGACUUGUGGAGACACUACACAGCAACUCUGGGGCUCUGGAUGGCUGGUGGGAGAGGGGCUCCAGCUGAUUGAAGUCUUUUCUCAGUGGAAAGGGGAGCCUGCUGGCCAUCUGUAUUGUCUUCCACACACUUAGAGGGACUGUGAAAGAAAAAUAAAUAGUUUUGUUUUGUACACUAUUUUUGUGAAAUGAGAAAAACAGAAUGUCUGCUCCAAAAUGUGUGUUACACAUGAGUUAAAAACAUGCUGGAGCACUGGUACUCCUCUGUGGAUCUCUCAGUCCAUUCCAGCCCAGGGAUCCAAUUGAUUAAAGCAGUCCGGAGCCAUGUCCCCACCAGGUCUUUAACGGUUUAAUUGAACUGAGGUGUUCAGUUGAGUCGUUGAGGUCCGGGUUUGGAAUGGACUGAAAGUGCCCCAGGUAAGUUCCAUGGCUUUGUGAUUCCAUCACAUUGGUGCUGGUUCAUUCUUCAUACAACUCGGCUUUGUAUUGAACUGGAGUUUAUUACAAUGUGAUCAAGUCCUGACUAGAUGAUGUCAGUGAGAGUUUUAAGCGCUGGAAAGGAAUAAGUCAAAACUGGGUCAGUAUCCACCAGGGAUGUGCAAAACAAAUCAAAUAUAACCUUCCCUUUAACCCUGCAUUAUUUCUAUACUUUCUAAUGGUGUAUACUGCCUCCAGCUGGCUUAAUGUUGUAAGUGCAACAUAAGAGCAGGGGUAGGAAACCUUGACUAUUCCACUCUGAUCCAAUGCAGGACUUUGUUCCAACCAAGUCCUUAAUUAGGCAAUUGAUCCUGCUGCUGCUGAUUAUUAAUGAAAGUUAAAGAGAAAGUCAAAUGGUGAUUUAACUGCAUAUGCCUAGUCCGGUAUAAACAUUUUUGUUGUUGCACAGUGCAAAUAUAACCUUUCCUCCUGCACAAUGAGCAUUCCUAUUGCUCGAACCCCCAGGACCAGUGUCAAAAGCUGUACUAGCAUGACUGGAAAUAUCUGCAUUUAAUGUGAACCAGUGCCUGAUAUGAAGGUAAUAAUUCAAUACAUUGCAUCAGGGUUGGGGCUAGAGAUGUGCUGAUUUGAGAAAUGGUGUAUUUCUAUAUAAUGUUAUGCCUCAUGAUAUUUGGGUUCAGACAGCGAGUAACACCUCAAUGUUUAGCAGGAAGGUCAUGCACAUCUCUGGUUGCAGCCAGCAAAAAAAGAAUAUAUCAGAAUCUGCAGUAUAAAUAUUUUAAAAAGUAGACAUUUUGUCUUUGUAAUUUCAUAAUGUUUGAUUAAAUAAAAAAAAAUCUGUAUUGAAGACAAUAA